ACCGGUCACGACACAUCAACGAGGUUCUAAAAGCGCUGCAGUCUACCUUUCAAACUACAUAAUUUCUUCAAACAGUCAUGGCUUCAACGGCAACAGUUCCAGCUGCAUCAUCGGUAGCACCGAUCGCCGCGUCGACGCCGAAAAAGACGAAAACCCCGACAGCAAAGUCGGCCGUCGCCGCUCCUGCUCAUCCGUCCACCGCCGUUAUGGUAAUCGCGGCCGUCAAGGAGUUGAACGAGAAAAAAGGUUCGUCGCUGCCGGCCAUCAAGAAAUACAUGUCUACCAACUACAAAGUGGACUCCACCAAGUUGGCCCCGUUCAUACGCAAAUUUCUGAAAGCCGCCGUCGUCAAGGGCACGUUGCUGCAGACCAACGGUACCGGCGCCAUGGGUCACUUCAAACUUCCCGUCGAAGUAAAGAAGAAACCUGCGACCGUCAAGAAGCCAAGCGCCGCUGUCGUCAAGCGGGUGGUCGCUGCUAAGAAACCAACCGCCAAGUCGUCGUCCAGUGGAACUCCAAAGAAGAGGAAAGUGGCCGCGAAAAAAGCGCCCGCGGCCGCCGAGCCUGCUGCCAAGAAGCCGAAAGCAGUAACCGCCGCCAAGCCUAAGAAAUCGUUGGUCAAGGCGAAAAAGGUCGUCGCGGCACCAAAACCACCAAAGGCAAAAAAAGUGGCGACGGCUGUGAAAAAAACUAAGACUCCGAAGAAGAAGUAAACGUAAAAGUGCCGCAAAAAUGAUAUAACCCCAAAUGAUAGAUUGACGCUCGAACCCUUAAAAUGGUCCUUUUCAG